GUCAAACACUGCAAACAUCAGCACACACUCAGUGAGAUACACACAUUACACACAGCUGCAUGUAGACCUGAUUCUGCUUUACUCAAUAAAACUGUCCAGAGCAUUUCAUCAAUACAGUAAAGAUACUGUUUAACUUGAUUUGCAAGAGAAUCUGUGAAGUUAUUUGCAUAACAAGUCAUUUUACUUCACUUAGAAACAAAUACUGUCCACGUGUUGCUUCUAAAACAAGAUUUUUUGCACUUUUUUUUAGGAAAUGUGCCUGAUGAUUGUUCCUUCUUUCUCUUAGUUUCUCUUGUUGUAGAUGUAUUGUAAAGCAAACUAACAGCAUGUGUCUUCCUCCAUAUGAAGAAACUUCCUCUUUCCUCAGUGAAGCGGUCAGAGGUUUCCUCAUGUGUCAGUCCAGUCUGAGUCUCACCUUGAAGACGCUUGUCUCGAUGAGAUCCUGAACACAGAUGAUCUGAAGCAGCGUCACACUCUUCUGCUGGGAUCGAGCUCUUCUGGAAACUGGACUUUAGAGAAAUGAUGCUCAUCUUUGGACUGAUGCUGCUGCUGCAAACUGCUGCAUGUCUGGAUCAGUUCUGCAGGUUUGAUCGGUCAGAUCCCUGUUACGCAGCUCUGGGACACAAACUCAAUCUGCAGAUGGUGCUGGACGCGAGUGAAUAUGACCUGAAGAUACAUAAGAGACUAAACAACACAAAACAUGAUCCAGUUUGUAGAGUAAAGUAUGGCAGGAUGAGGAUGAGUGAAUGUGAUCUUUAUAAUAACAGACCUGAAGCGAAAGUCAUUAAUGGGACUGUGAUAAUAAACCGUGUGAUCAGAGCAGAUUCAGGGAAUUACACAUUAACACUCGAUAACUCAGACGGCUCAGUAACAUCUAGAGAUCUUCAAGUGAUUGUUGAAGCUCCUAUUGGCUCAGUGGAAGUGUCAAUCAACUGCUCCUCCAGUGGGGUGAUGAGGGUGUUCUGCUCCUCUGAGGGGGAUCAGCUCCUCUACAGCUGGACUCUGAAUGGAGAUCCACUGAUGGAUGGAAACAGCAGCAUUGAUCUGGAUGAGGGAACUGAUGGAAACAUCAGCUGCAGCGUGAAGAACCACGUCAGUCACGCACAGAAGACCAUUAGACUCAAACCCUGUCUUGCUGGACCAACUACUGCAGCUGUGACCUCUGCAGUGACCUCUACAGUGACCAGCAGCACACAGACACCAGAAUAUGGUACGAGUUUCUCAUCAGCUGGUAUGAUUCAAACCCACACUCCCACACUCAACACUGAAGACCAUGGAUGGCCUUUUCCACCAUGGAUGUUCUAUCUGAUUGCUUUGGGCUGCGCUGCUCUGAUCCUGAUUCUGCUGUUCAUCACUGUAUGUUACGUUUACAAGAAGAAACAGCUCAAGUCGACAUCAGCGGCUGGAGAUACGGAGCUCAUAUACACUGAUAUCUCUUCUGAGAAAAAGAGUGAAAAGAAGAAAACGGAAUCGCUCCCGGCUGCUGAAGAGGAAUACGCCAUGGUCCGACCGCAGACAAAGAGGAAGAAGAGGAAGGUGGAGGAAGAGGAGGAGGUCCAGUACGGCGAGGUGACGUUCACUCCGAACCACUCAGUCUCUCCACAGCAGCCUCAGGAGGAGUGUGUUUACUCGCAGGUUCAGAGACGCUAGUUUCACAACAACAACCCCUGUAAGAUCGCACUUUGCCCGGGAAACCAAGUGCUUAUUUUCACUUAUGUUUGACUUUGGGAGUUUUACGGGUUGUAUAAAGCACAUAUCUCUUGAUAUGUGACAUGUACUGUACCUUGAUGUGGACUGUUGAGCGAGAGCUUUAACGUUCGUGUCUGGGGCUGAACCAAGAGAUGUUGAGUAAGCAAGAGAAUAGAAAAAAAAAGGAAACCAAUUGCAUGCUAUUUUUCCUCAAUCCACAGAGCACUUCUGUUUUAGCACUUCUUGAUUUGCAGCUGCGACUUUAUGACGGCAAGAAAAAGCUUAAACGAGAGUCAGCUUGUAAUCAUGAAUCUCGAGGAGAUGGUCGAUGUGCACAAGCUCAAAAGUCAUGAAAAUACAGCAGUUCAAAAACUUUUCAAAGCAACUGAAGUUCGAAAGUCACAGAAAAUCUGAUCUUCGAUAGACUGAUAUACUAGUUAGUGACGAGAAGUUAACAAUGAUAUGAGAGAGAUAAAAUGAGGGGUUAAAACAGUUCAGAUAGCCUAUCUUUAUUUGGUCAUCUGGAGUGAGUUGAAGCAGUCACAUGUUGUUAACGUUUACAGCAGGGUCGGAAAUUAACAGUGUCGCCAACUUCAUCUCUUAAACCAAGAACAAAGAAAGCACUAGUUUAUUAAAUUAUUAAAAUGUUAAUGCGGUCUCCUUACUGUUUUUCCCUGACACAUCUAUAAUUAUUACUUCUGCCGGUGUGCUGAGGCAAGCUUCACGCGUGCGCUUGAGCACUUAUAGGAUCUGUAAGCAAUUAAAGGCUCAUUAUAAUGUGAUUAGUCGACUAAUGCUUAAAAUUAACGACUACUAUUCGACCAGAAAUUUUUUUUUUUUUUGCAGCAUUGAGCCUUAUAACCAAUCACAUGUGUUUCCGUUGAGUUUAGGAAUGCAGUGGCCAAUCAGAGGUGCUUAGAUUAAACAGUGCUGAAAACUCCUGAGUUUUUUUAAUGAUGAUGUAAAUAAAAGAUUCAUUUCAUUUUUUUUUUUGCACUAGACUAGAAUAACCUCAUGGACCGUUUGUCUGUGAAGCUAGAGCCAGAAUAUGAUGAGCCGUUUCCCCAAAACGCAAACGCAAACACAAACACAAACAAAGUUUCAUAAUUCAGCAUUACUAAGCAUUAUUAUUAUAACAAGAGCAAUAAUUGAUGACAAUUUUUGUUAUAAUAUUGCAGCCAAAUUGGCUCCUGUUUUUAAACCUAUAAUUUAGAUACAAGUUUAAACAUUCAACUGUUAUUGGCAAUUACAUUUAAAGGUAUUUUGAUUGAUUGAAGUAAUUGGUUAAAUUACACAGAUAAAGUUAUUAAGGUGGUGAUAAAAAUUGCCCUCAUGAAUGUAAAAAAUCAAAAAUUGCCCCUUAAUGGAAAAGUUCAUUUCUGACCCUGGUUUACAGAACACUUCUGUUUACAGAUAUAUAUUGCAUUAAUAAUGUCUUAAAUGCCGUUCCUCAAAUACUGGGAAUGACCUGAGAAAGGCCGAAAAGGCCUGAUAAUGUCUAAAGGUUUGCACACAUAAUUGCUUAAAGUCCUGUAGUGUUGGUUGAUGGUAAAUUCUGUUCGUUUCUACUAGCUAAACUAGUCCAGGGUUCAAUUCCCAGAUAAAUUCAUAGCUUGAAUUCAUAGUAAAAAGUGUGGAAAAGCGUCUGCUAAAAGCAGAAAUAUUAAUGCACUCAAAACAGUUGAAUCUUUAUUGCUUUUAGUGACAAUUAGUGUUAAAUUUUUUAUUUAAUAAUAAUUAAUUUAUAUUGUCACCCAGCUCUUUAUAUUGUUUAUAUUGUUGGAUAUGCAGUGUAAAAUAAAUAAAUAAAUAAUACAUUUAAAAAAAAAAAAAACUUUUGUUUUUGGAAAAUUGUAAAUAAUACAAAGAUUAUUAUAGUAUUAUUAUUAUUUUUUUUAGAAAUUUCUAAGAGAAAAUUGUUUCUACACCACCCUUUUCCAAUUGAUUUUAUAUAUGUGUGUGUGUGUGUGUGUGUGUGUAACUGUAUUAAUGCCAAGUAUUUUUCUGUGUAUAAAGUUGGUUUUAUUAGUAUGUCCACACACACACUACACUGCGUUCCAAAUUAUUAUGCAAGUGAUAUAUCAGUAGGAUUUUGGUACAAUAAUGAGUCAGAUUUUUGUUUGUGUUGUUUUUCUUUCUUUUUAGUUAACUGGUAUCAAUCUCAGACAGGUUUGU